UGCACCAUCAUAGGGCUAUAAAUGGAGCUACGGUAAUGGGAAGUAGAGUUGAAAAAAAGCCAGUGCCCUAUUGAGAGUAAUAAUAAUUGGCUUGGGUUGUUGUAACAAAUUUGCAACAGAGAUCUAUUCAUAAACGGCGUUAAUGCUAACCAGCUGUUUCGGGGCAAUUUGCAGUUCUUGAAAUAAAAUGACCAAAGAAGGAAGACAGGCUAGCGGGAGUUUAAACCACCAACUGCCCCCAACAGUGGUUCUUGGCAAAAAGCUCGGGUAGAAGGCAGGACCGUAAACCCGAAAUUAAUGGCCGCUGUUCGGACCAUGAAAACAGCUUUAUAUUUCACCUCCUAGUUUGACAACCAACGGCUGGCAGUUCAACAAAAAAUGGACUUUAAAACAGAAAUCCCUGAGUUUGUGGGUUCUAUUCUGUUUAGAGCAGGGAUUGAACUGGGCCAGUUCGGCCACACUUCGCUCGGAUUUUGUUGCCAAUAAUCCGGUUAACACUCGCAGACGGCCGCGCGGACUUUUGUGGUGAAAGAAAAUAUGAAAACAGCAAGAGUGUGUUUGGGGAGAUUUGGUUCAGCAGCGGUCAAAACUCACGCCCGUACCUCAAGUGUAAACUUUAACUGGGUGAGCCGGCUCGGUGUAUAAAUUCGUCUCCAUCAGGUUUGGUAAUCGAGUUGAACGCGGAAAAUCAGUAAAAAUUAGCAAUUAAUUUAUUUGGUCGUCAAGUGAACGCUGACAGUCAUAUAUCGUUGAGCAGUGUAUGUAUCGCUCUCUGUGUGUGGGCAGGUCGUGAUGGGUGGUCGCCAGCUGCGCGCUGAUUGGCUACCGGAUUUCUGGGCGUGACUUAGAACUCAUGAUGGCUACGUGUUGACGGUUUCCUUGUGGCUUAGUAUAUUGAGCAGGCUGUUGCCUUAGCGAACGGAUCCAUGCCCAUGUACGCUUUCAACUCCGUGGAAAACUCCGGCAAUACGCCACCUUCUGCCAACCUGGGGCUGACCAUGCAGGCCAGUUUCGCCUCGGCUAACCCGGCCACACCGAACUCGCUGGGCGUCAUGCACCCGGUGUUUCAGGACCAGAGUUACUACCGACAUCCCAGCUACUCGGGGAUGCCGGUUUCUGUCUACAGCCAUGACCAAUAUUCCAGCAUCGCGCGGGGGUACGGCCCGUACGGCCACCAGCAGCAAAAUCCCAAAGACAUGGUCAAACCCCCGUACUCCUACAUCGCUCUGAUCGCUAUGGCUAUCAUGAAUGCCCCAGAAAAGCGAUGCACACUCAACGGAAUAUACUCCUUCAUCAUGGACAGGUUUCCGUUUUACAGGGAAAACAAGCAGGGUUGGCAGAAUUCAAUUCGGCACAACCUCUCCCUGAAUGACUGCUUCAUCAAGAUACCCCGAGAUGACAAGAAACCCGGCAAGGGAAGCUACUGGAGCCUGGAUCCCGAUAGUUACAACAUGUUCGAUAACGGUAGCUACCUGAGACGUAGGAAGCGAUUCAAGAGAAACAAGACCAUCCAAGAGAAAGAGGAGAGAGAAAGACUUAACGAAGGUCAUUCUGGGGACGCUACAUCCCAAGAACUCAUCAACCAUCAAAAUGGUGUCUCCUCGGGGACGGAGGAAUCAGGUCAUCCGGCCGAGUCAACAUCCCCAAUGACAGCUACCUCUAAGGUACUGACCAGCAACAGCAGCACCCCACUUCUAACCCCAAAAGUGGAGCCUGUGGACUCCCCCGUUCUAAGAGAAUCUCCCGGGAACUCACGGCAUUUGUCAGGAGAUGGGACAAUGAUGACCACCUCACCGUCAAGUUACACCGUCGAUAACAUCAUGACCGUUCACCACGACCGGGACUCCACCAACGGCUGCAACUCUGACUUGAACCCGGGUGGACACCCUUUGCCUGGAAGGCCGGUGGUGGGUCAACUCGUCUCUCCUCAACCGCUCAGCUACAACCAGACUUAUCACUCGGGACCAGGCGGAGUCUCAUGCUCCAAGAAAACGACCGGCAUGACCGGUAAUGUAAACUUAGUCAAUCAUGGCAUGAACUACCACUGUAACAUGUACGAACCUGAUUUGAGCAUGGGUAAGCACAUGGCCAUUGCCCCUACACCAGAAGAAGUGCAUCAAGAGCAAGGUUUGUCCCAGCGACCAAGUCCCCAAGGCCCCAAUUCCAUCAUGACAUCGCAACCCAGCAAUCUCAGCCCAGUGCAUCGCGGUGGCACUACCGGGAGCAACUCGUGGUACCAAGGCCCAAGCCCGGCCGACCUGCACGGUACCAGCACGGGCUCGCACGGUCAGUCCUUCGGUAUGUACGACUCGCAACGGCUACCCUCACAACGACUGAUGGCGCUGAGUCACAACUCGCCCGUAACACUGGGCCUAAACACCGGGGAUAGCUGCCAACUAGCCGCUACGUCUUACCGCUCACCAACCGGCACUACAGCACCCGGUAUGUACCAUGUGGCAGGACAAUACUCCUCCUAUGACUGUUCAAAGUACUGAUAUAAACAAAACAAACCUGAGUAAAAAAAAAAGACACGAAAAGAACAAAAAGAUGCAAAAACGGGUUUCUUACUUGUCACUUUUGUGUUGUGCUGUGAAUCUCGAAACGCACGUGGUUUGGUAUACAUUGCUUGUUGUAAUGACCCAAUUUGUCAAUAUUUAUACAACUACGGAGUUUUCCGAUUGUCUGUCGUAUUACAACCGCACACAAACCGACUUGGGAUGAACUCAGUCUUCAGAACUCACGCUUUCUUGUUUGCUUUGGGUCAGAUCGGUGGCAGAUUUUCUUUUUUUAUUAAUGCUUAGAAGAAAAAUGUAGUCUGUAAGUUUACCCGCUGCUGAGUACACUUUGUUUUUGUAAACUUUGGGGAGAACUUUCCAUAAUAUUUCUUUAAUAAACAAUCCGUCUGGAUGACUUAGUUUUUACAGUCAGGUUAACCAUUGCCAUCGAUCCAGUGGUAAGCCCAUUACAAAGCUCUAGGAUUAUACCCUACUAUUGGCAUGACACUGGUAAAAGCCGAUAUUUUGCCAGCUUGUUUAUCGAAUUUGUAAAUGCUCGGCCAUGGUGGUGUUUGUAUACGAGUAUCAAACAUAGACAAUUUUUAAACGUUGUGAUGAUGCCAUGACUGUUAAAGUGAUACUUUUCCUAUUGUAUAAUGAUACAGACAUCCUGUCAAAGACGUAUAGUAGUAUCACAUAAGCUUUAAGUAUGGAAUCUGAUGGUGACUUGCUCGUAUCGUAUGAACUAUCAACACCAUUUUGAACUUGAACCUUUUUAUUUGCCACAUGAAGUCCAUCAAAUCCCAAUAUUCCCGGGCUGUAUUUCUCAGAUACCAUUCAAUUAUUAAUGCAUUUCUAUUUCAGUAUAUAGAUUUUAUUGUCCCCUUUUGAAUACCAGUGACCGGAAAAUGGUGCGAUAGGGCGAACACUGCACAAGAGAUUUAUUCUUCUUUUUAUUCAAUUAUGGCUGAAUUACAUAAAAUAAGGUUGAAGUUCUUGCCAAUUGUGUGAACAAAAUAAAGGUUUCAGCUCCAAUUUAUGGCAUGUACUGCUGUAUAAUACGGAGGGAGAGUUGAAAGUCUCAGUCACGAGCACGCUUGCAAAGCAACACAAGUCAUUUGUGCAAUCUAACUAUAGGUUUUUAGGCCCGAUCAGCAACGCUUGGAAUCAUUCGCUUUGCCCAUCGGAGCGUCGGCUAACCGGGCUCCACGGCGAGAACUGACCCGUUACUAUUGAAUUUACAGCCCCGGCAAGUCCUGCCUCCGUGACCGCUGAAUUAUACCGCAGCAGUGUCGAGCGGAGACAGUUGUCUUUGUGGAGUUUUUGCUCUCAUGAUUGAUACACACUGAGCGGGAAAACUGGUUCACUCAUGGAGCCCACUCUAAAGAAGCUCAGUAUUUUUUACACCCCAGAGAUAUAAAUAUUAAUAUAUGUGUACAAUGAUAUGUAUACAUAUGUAUAUAAACAUAUGUGUAUAUAAACAUUCAUAUAAAUAUAUAAAUAUUUAUAAAUGACCAAAUGUAAAAUGGCCAAAUCUUUUAACCAUUUUUUUUAAUAUUUAGUCUUGCCUGAGAUUUGUGUGCACUCGGUGUAUCCAUUGAGGAAAAGUUGUUUCAGAUCCUUACAUUUCUAUGCAAAAAUGAUAUGACAUAUUCGGAAAUGUGAGAAUUAUUUUAAAGUGCAAGCUGGUAAUUUCCUUAUAUGAACAAUUGGUACAUAUAAAACAAAAGAGGCCAAUGUUUUGUAAAUUCCUUCUCAUUUAUAGAUUCCAUUUGCUUGUAGAAAAGAUAAACGCAGUCUAGAACUUUUAGAAUCCAAAGUGUAGGUUACCAACACAAAAAACUGAAGUAAAAAAAAAAUCGGAAAAAAUCACUUAUUACUCGGAGAAGAAAUUGCAUGUACAUUUUGUCCCGUUAUCUGAACUCAGAAUAUCCUUUCGUUGAAAUAUUUCUCACAGUUUUUCUCGGUGGCACAUAAGGCCUAAUGAACUUGUGGUUAACCAAUUUUUCGACAUUCACUUUUGAAAAGGCCUUUCAAUGCUUCCCAUUAGUGACGAAGUGAAAGCACUGUCUCUGGGCUUGAAAAUGGGGAAGGAAGUGGCCAUAAAUAUAGAUUAGUACCCGUGAACGCUGGUGUCAAGUGAUAUAUAAUAACCGUAACAUUGUCCCAAAUCUAAUAAUGGAAAAUAGAGAGUCCAGUCCUGAACUCAAAAGAGCCCUCCCACUAGACAUUGCUAAACCUCGUUAAUCACUGAGGAAGACGCUCAACUUCUGUUAAUCUCGAUUUAAUGCCACAUUUUGAAAAUAUGUGACCCAGAUAACUCGGGGGAUAUUUUCCACUUCACAGCGAGACAGUUCUAGUAGUGUUAGAUCAAGAUAUCCUUUCCUGGGAUUGGCGUAUUAUGGACCGAAAUCCUGCAAAAUAAAAGGGACUGAAAA